AACCCAUUUUUUUAUAUCGUUGGUAUCGUAAUAAGGAGUAAAACCCUCUCCCUCCUCACCAACCCAACUCUCUCUAUCUCUCUGAUCCAAUCGCCUCCAUGGCUACGAUUUCCAAGCUCGCAAGUGCCAGCCCUGCUGCCUCUUUAUCACCGCCUUCUUCCUUUGUUUCCAGAUCUUCUGCGCCUCUGUGCUUCGUCGAUUGCCAUACCAAGAAUUCUUUCAUUGCCAGAGCUGCAUCAUCUAAGUUGUCGGUUCGAAGUAGCCAGCCUAUGAUUCGCUCCUUGGUUGUUAGGUGUGCUCAGUCCACUGGAAAUGGUAGUCCAAUAAAGAGAACAACUCUUCAUGAUCUCUAUGAGCGAGAGGGCCAGAGUCCAUGGUAUGAUAACCUUUGUCGACCUGUUACUGAUCUGAUUCCUCUGAUCGAGAGUGGUGUCAGGGGCGUAACUAGCAACCCAGCGAUUUUCCAGAAAGCUAUAUCAUCCUCAAAUGCAUACAAUGACCAGUUCAGGGAACUUGUACAGUCAGGAAAAGACAUUGAAAGUGCCUAUUGGGAACUAGUGGUGAAGGACAUUCAAGAUGCAUGCAAGCUCUUUGAACCAAUUUAUGAUCAAACAGAUGGAGGUGAUGGUUAUGUUUCUGUUGAAGUUUCUCCCAGACUAGCUGACGAUACUAAAGGGACGGUUGAGGCUGCAAAAUGGCUUCAUAAGGUGGUUGAUCGCCCCAAUGUAUACAUUAAGAUUCCUGCUACUGCUCCAUGCAUUCCCUCAAUCAAGGAAGUUAUUUCAAAUGGCAUUAGUGUGAAUGUCACUCUUAUAUUCUCCAUUGCCAGAUAUGAAGCAGUCAUUGAUGCCUACUUGGAUGGCCUUGAGGCUUCUGGCCUAAGUGACCUCUCCAGAGUUACUAGUGUGGCGUCUUUCUUUGUCAGCAGGGUAGACACUCUCGUUGACAAAAUGCUAGAAAAAAUUGGAACUCCAGAAGCCCUUGAUCUUCGAGGGAAGGCUGCAGUUGCUCAAGCAGCCCUGGCAUACCAGCUCUACCAGAAGAAAUUCUCUGGUCCAAGAUGGGAGGCUCUGGUGAAAAAGGGUGCCAAGAAGCAGAGGGUGCUAUGGGCUUCAACCAGUGUUAAGAACCCAGCCUACCCUGAUACUUUAUAUGUUGCUCCUCUCAUUGGACCUGACACAGUUUCAACUAUGCCCGACCAAGCUCUUCAAGCAUUCGUUGACCAUGGAAGUGUUGGAAGAACAAUAGACUCAAAUGUAUCUGAAGCUGAAGGAAUUUACAGUGCACUUGAGAAGUUGGGAAUUGAUUGGAGCUACGUAGGGAAUCAGCUUGAGGUUGAAGGAGUGGACUCAUUCAAGAAGAGCUUCGACAGUUUGCUGGAUACCCUGCAAGAGAAGGCAAACUCUCUCAAACUUGUUAGCCUGUAAGCCCUUGUGAAUCGUUUGUACGACGUAAUAAAAGUGGGUUGUCUAUCCUGCUGUAAGAAAGCUAGUUGGUGUCAUGUAAGACUUGAUUGUGUAUCAUAAGUUUUCUGGUUAUUUAAGAGAUUCUGCUUGCCGUU